UUUGCUUCCCUCUGCGUGUGUGUGCGUGCGUGUGCGUGAACGUGUGUACGUGUGUGCGUGGGCGCCCAUCGGCGCAAAUACCUCUGUAGCUCCCAAACAUUCAACACUCCUCACGUCAGCCAAAACACAACCAACAUGUUAACGCUCGGACAACAGCUAGCCUGCUCCACACUGGACAAGUAGACAUGGGAACAUGGACUACGUGACGUUUAAUGGUCUCGACGAACGUCGUCGAAGUGUCACCGGAUGGAAAUACAAGUUGAGUGGCUUCCGAUCAUCAACGACUCAGGAUGAACGCCAGAAGGAGAGAAGAGGAAUGUAUUCAUCCUCACAAGAUUGCCCCUGAUUCCUCUCAUGUUUGACCACAUUUGCUACAUCGUCAAUCAUGAUUCUUGGCAUAAUCUCCCAGGAGUUGUACCAGCAGCUUCUGGACCCAAAUAAUUACCAGAAUCGCACAAAUGGCGUGGAAGAGCUGAAACAAAUCCUGUCGGAAGUAAACCUGAAACUGGUCUCUUCUGACAGUAUUGAAGAGUUCAUUAAUUUUCUCUCUAGACUUUUGGACGACAGUAAUUUUAAAGUAUUGUAUGGCACCUUACAAGUUUUAAAUUUACUCAUUCGGAGAUUAGACACGAGCAUUGACAAAUAUGUCAAACAGAUAGUCUUGGUGGCCCAUAAGGCUCUAGGCGACACUUGCACCAUUGCCAGGAAUGAAUACAUGAACAUAUUUCAGCAGAUGAUGAAAACUGUUGCCCCGCAACAAGUUUUAGAUCUUGUCAUUGGCAACUUGAAACACAAAAAUUCCAGGGUCCGGGAGGAUGUUAUGAACAUUAUUAUUGCAGCAAUGCUGACUCAUCCAAGGAAAGAGUUCAACAUCCCAAAUCUUUGUUUUGAAGUUGCACCAUACUUGGCAGACAGCAAGAAAAAGGUCCGCCACGCCGCCCUUGAGUUGUUUGCUGUUUUUGACUCCUGCCUGGAUGCUGGGAAAAAACAGCCUCUCACAAAAGCGGUAGACAUGGUUGAGCUGAAUGAGGAGGCUGAGGGUCUUAUGGCAGCUGUACAGGCCAGACGAGCAAGGCGUGUCCUCCCUAAACUUUCACCAGAGGGGGUAGUGGAGUACGGUCUGGUGGUACCUAAAUCAGGCUUGCGCUGCUCGCCACAGGCUACUUCUGGAGCUGAUCUGGACUGGGUGAUGAAUGGAGGACGUCUGAGUAGCGCAAGGAGUCAGAGAACUGAACUGGACUGUGAUCAACUGCAUGGCUAUGGCAGCUUAGGCUGCCUCACUGAUGAGCUUCCGUCUCAACGGAGGAUUGUCAGCGCAGGUAAAGGGAAGAACAAACUACCCUGGGAAAGGUUGAGCUUUACAUCUACUGAAAAUAAUCAUCACUGCAGCUCCCCCAGUGGAAAGUGCUCGGAGCAGGUAACCAUCGGAGAUGUUAUUCCGCUAUCCAGGAAACUGAGCCCAGAGACCUACAUCCCCACUUUUAGUUCUGCAGAACCACAGACACCCCAAACCUCUAGGAGAAGGCUGUCUCCUGCCCGGCUGAGAAGAAGCGGAAGCCUCAACUUAGAUCCAGACAUCUUUAAAACCACAAACUUCACAGAGACUGAUAGCGCGUCUUCCAAAGGACACAUUCUCUCAAGGAAUCCCAGUGUUGAGCGCACGCUUUCUCUCCCCUCAAACCACACGAUCUCAGGUUCCUUCCUGCUGCCUUCCUACCCUCUGGCUGCACUCCCAGGAGGCGGGCUGACUCCAACACUUUCCCGUCGCCAUGCCGACUCGUCACUCUCUAUGUCCAACACCUGGCCCAACAAGCGAGAGAGCAGCCCUCAGCAGCGAGACACCAGCCCCUGGAGAGACGCAGCAGGAAAAGGGGACCAAUCUAUCAGAUGUUCUCCAAGGCCAAUCCGUGCCGCCCUAAAGAGUUCUUCUUCAACGUUGUCAUUCCGUCGGGCGCUGAACAGUAAUAAGACAGCACUCCCCAUUUCACCAGUCAUUGCUGCAGCGGAUCAGACACAUUUUUAUGACCAGAGCUCCAAUGCACGGUACAGCCCCCAAAAUCAGCAACUCGAGAGAGACCAUCACCUGGAGCCUGUUGGCUUUAACACAACACAAAACAAUCAAGAGGAAGAUGCUUUGGACAUGCAGGAGAUGUUGAACUCUCUGCGUUCCCUGCGAAACAGUGCUGCUAAGAAGAGGGCCAAAGUGAGCCUUAGCAGUUCAGACCCAGACCAGGAGAGCCAGGAUCCUGUAAGGUUAGACCUGAGUCAAGACCCAGCUGUGCACACCUCUCGCAUGCUUACCAGCUCAGCCAGCGAGAAUGGUCUCUCCAGUUUGAGUCUCACCAGUUCCAGUGUCUUUGGCAUCAAAACAAGUCCUGGAAGCAUGACCUCCUCAGGAGUGAAACCUCGUAUGGCAAGAGUGUCUUCUGCAAAAUUGAAGUCUUCUGUGUCCAUGGACUUAAGCAGCCUUUCAGGAUUAUAUCAGAGGAAUGAACUGUCAUCCCAGGUGGGUGUUGUUGGGCAGAGAGUCAGCUACUCCAAUGGAACUUUUAGAAGCAAUGAGGACACAACAGUACCCUCACCCCCCUUGAUCAAACCAGCAUUAAGUGAAUCACCGAGAACUCUAAAGUCAAGUAACGAAUCUCGCAUCAACGGAAGAAGGAAUUCACUUGCAAAAGACGUGUCUGAAGGAGUCAUUGGAAGAGGUAUGUUUGAUGCUAAAGUGUCCUCACCUCGUCCAGGGUUGUCAUUCGAGCAGGGUGAUACGGUGGCGAAACCCUCUGUUGAACCCCUCGGAUGCCUCCAUCUUUUGUCUGGUGAUCACAGAACCACAAGUCCUGAUGAGAUGACGAAUACACGCUCCAGGCAUAGGGACAAGAUCCGGCACCGUGUCAGACAAAUGCUUUCUGACUCACCCACUGAAGAGAGUACGAAGAUUAAACAUCUCCAUCUAAAUGGUAGCACAAUCACGUUCUGUACAGCAGACCUCUCCUCAGAUGGGUCACCCAUUAGCCCCACCAGCCCGCUCAGUCCACCUGGACCCCACAGCCCCAUCAAGUGCCUCACUCCGCCCCACCAACCAAGCCCCCCCACUGUGCCUCCUAAUCCCCAAAACAUGUCCCGCGUGAGGAGAGCACCAAGCCUCACCAGGACGCGACCUUCGCUGUCCCACAGCUCAGAGGAUCUUUCCUCUGUUGCUGUGGGCCACAAGAAAAACUCCUCUCAGCCUCCAGAAUUGUGUCUUUCUUCCAAACCUGAUCAAACACUGGUGCAGAGCUUGGACCGGCUGAGCUCAGAGUGCUGGGAGAAAAAGAUUGAAGGUCUGACACUGCUGCGCUCUCUGGCUCAGUACCACUCAGACAUACUUCAGGGCAGGCUUCAUGAUGUCUGCAUCGCUCUCACUCAAGAGGUGAAGAACCUUAGAUCAGGCGUGUCUAGGGCUGCAGUGAGCACACUUGGCGACUUUUACACGCACCUACAGAAGGCAAUGGACCAGGAGUUGGAAGGGACCGUUAAAGCCUUGGUGCACAAGGGAGGAGAAACUAAUGCCUUUAUUAGGCAGCAUGUUGAUGACGCUUUAGACUGCAUGGUGCAGCACUGCACUCCCACCCGCAGCAUUCAAGCUUUACUCUCUGGGGGAGUUAGUCACCUCAAUCCAGUGGUAAGGAAAUGCACUGCCCAACACUUGGCCAAUCUGGUGGAAAAGGUCGGUGCCGGUCGUCUCCUCAGUGGAGGUAAAGAUUUAUCUGAAAGAAUUGUACCUGCAGUCAGCAGGCUGGCACAAGACUCCUCACAAGAAGCAAGACACUAUGGUCGUCGAAUGCUGUUGUCCCUGUCCUACCAUCCAGACUUUGAUAAGAUCCUGGAAAGAACUAUUCCGUCGAAAGACCUGCAGCCUACCAGAGACACAAUCUUAAGUCUCAAAACCAAGGGGCUAGGUGAGAUGCCCCAGGACACCCACUCAGCGAGAGGCAGACGCUCCCUCCCAGGAAGUGGCACAGUCCGAGCCUCAUCUCUCAACAGAGAGCCAGUCAACCACAGCAUCAGAAUGGUCAACAGUAAUUACAGCAGCAGACAUCCCACACAGAGCAUCGCCGACAAGAAUGACUACAUCAAUCAACUAACUUGCAUGCUGGGAUCGAAGGACUUCAGAGAGAAACUUAAGGGCAUGGACCAGCUCGUGUCUGACUGCCAGCAACACCCCAACCUGGUCAUCCAUAGUUUAUUCCCGCUUUUUGAUGCCCUAAAGGCCAGACUGCAGGAAUCUAACAGCAAAGUCAACCAGCACGCCCUGGAGUCGCUGCAGAAAAUCAUCCCCUUGAUGAAGGACAACUUGUCUCAAGUGGUCAACCUUCUAGUCCCGGCUAUUGUGGACAAUCACCUCAACUCUAAAAACGACGCCAUUUACUCCGCUGCUAUUGGUGCAAUCGAUGCACUUAUCCUCAAUCUGGAUAACAUGCUCCUCCUUCAGCCUUUCUGCACCAAGGCUCAGUUUGUAAGCGGUAAAGCCAAGCUGGAUCUUGUGGAGAAGGUUGCAGAUCUGGUGACCAAGCUGUACUCUCGCAAGCCGCAGAUGGUGGAGCAGAAAGCGCUGCCCUUGCUGUGGCACAUGCUGGGUACGUCCAGCCACAGCGGCACGGUGCACGGCCGAGGCGGCAGCACGCGCGCCGCCACCGCCGUUCUGUGCCAAGCUCUUCGCGCCCAGAUGGGGCCCGGCCUGAGCGAGUGCGCUGCGACGCAGUCCGCCACCACCCAAAAGGGGUUGAACGAGCUUCUGAGGAACUUGUCCAAAACAUAAAGCCGAGUCCGAGAGCAACAUUCAAACACUGACCUUACUUGAAGACGGAGAUGUUCUACAUUUCUUAGUGCCUGCACUUUUAUCGCAAUGUCCUCGUCGAGUAGGAUUUGAACUCUUUUCUCAAGUCAUUUCUCUUCCUCUGGCAGACCUGCCAACGUGCAGGCUUUUUUUGUACACAUUUUACUCGCUACUCUCCAGAUACACAUUUUGUUGCAUCUUGACAUUCUCCGCUUGGAGUUGUGAAACCUGGAUCUUGAUCUUGUGUCGAGGCGCCAAGCGGCUCGAACCUUUUUGUGCAUUGUGACUUGCACGGUGCACCUCCAAAAAAAAAAAAAAUCUAUCCUCGCAAAAGAACGUUAUUACUGCGUGUAUACGGCUCGUUCAGUCUGUUUUGCAGUAAAAAUUACUACUUCGAUAAGUUCCAGCUGCAGUAACACUCCCGUUUAUUCUUUAAUUUGCCAUCAUUUACUUACAACAAGGAAGCUACCAAGAAUCUAAGCUCGCAGAAGAACUUUACUACCCAUGUGUAUAUGACUCGUUCAGUCUGGUUUGGAUCAACAUUUGCAUUAAAAACUAAUGCAUCAAUAAGUUCCAGCUGCAAUAAGGUUCCAAUUUUCUCUUCAAUUAGCAUCGUUUGCUUGCAACAAGGAAGCUAAUAAGAAUCUAACCUUGCAGAAGAACAUUAAUACCCGUGUGUUUACAACUCGGUCAGUCCGAGUUGGAUCAACAUUUGCGGUAUAAAUGACUGCAUUUAUAAGUUCCAGCUGCAGUAACACCCCUCCUUUUAUUUUUAAUCGGCAUUGUUUACAGCAAAGAAGCUAACAAGAAACCAACCUUGCAGAAGAAUGUUAAUACCCAUGUGCAUUCGACUCUUUCAGUCCAUUUUGGUUCAACAUUUGCAGUACACAUUACUGUUUUGGUAAGUUCCAGCUGCAAUAACAAGCCCCCUUUCGCUUAAAUUGCCAUCGGAUGCUUGCGACAAGGAAGCGUAAUAGUCGAGCUCCUAAAAUGUAUUCAAGGUUGGCAGGUCUGCCCUGGUACAGAAUCUCAGACUAUUGCAUCAUUCAUCAGGUCCCACAUCCACAAACACAGCACUGCUCUCUUUGCACAUCGACAAGGUAGCGCUUGUGAUAAAUAUGACAACUCCUACAAUUGUCUCCGCUUUUCUUCACGCUCCGAACUUGACCAUAAACCAGAGAGCCAUUUGCAGAAUGUAAAAAUGCGCACACACAAAAAAGACAAAAGACAGGGAAGGUGUACAAUUUUUCUGUCAUAAAAUGUUUUGUGAUAUUUUUCAAUAUGUUUAAGUGGCUGUUCUUUUUUUCCCUUGCAGAAUUAAGAUUUACAAGAAUAGUGCAAUAUUCUUUUGUACAGCUGAUAUGUAUUUGCACAGUAUUGGCAUCUUCUGUAAUCAUAAGUUGUAUGACGGUACCGUCAACAAUUUGUUGUGUACUUUGGAGUCAUCAUGUACUGGUUGCUACAGACAUUUUUUUUUUUUUUUUUUUUUUUUUGCAUGGCCAGUUCACUGGCAGGAGUUGCUGUUGGCUAACUCUUGAGCAUCGGUUCCUGGAUCAAGGUUGGCUAAGAAAAGGAGUUGAGCUUCACUCCAUCGCUGUUGCCUGGGAAACCAGGGAGGCACAGAUGGAGGAUUCUCAAUACAGUGCCAGUUUUCAAGUGACCUUUUAAACUUCUAUUAAAUUAUAUUCAACAUGUUUGGGAACAAGGACAAAGAUUAAUUUACAAAUAUAAAUAUAUAUAGAUAUAAAUAAAGUGUUUUAUUUCUCUAAAUUUAACUUUUAAUGUGCAUUUGUAUGACAGUAUAUUGCUUCUACAGACGGGAUGUUCAACUAAAGUGUUUUGGAGGCAACAUUUCCAGAGAAGCUAAGGACCGAGGGGCCGGACUUCUCCCUUCACUAUUAGACUUAUUUUGUAUAUUCCAGAGAACCAGCGUCUUCUACAGUAGACAUUUGAUUUUGGUCUAUUAUUUUUUCAGUUACAGGAGUGCUCUGUUGUUUUUGAAGUCCUUCUGCAAAAAUGUAAGUCUCUCACAAGUUUUAUGAACUGAACUCACAGGCCACGAGUUGAUUAGCCCAAAUGAUGAAAAGGAGAGAACCUAAAAUGGAACCUUCAGGAACACCACUCGUAUAACUAAAGAAGUUGAACAAAUGACAACUGACUGCAUCUGAAGUAAACACGCUGCACCUUAGUUACAUAAUGUCAAGACUUGGACUAUGGAGUUUUUGUUUUCCCGAGAUGCAAGUGAACUUGGACCGGACAUGGCUUGGAGGUGAGUACAUCUUUUAAUUUUACAUUAACAAAGGACAAAAAAAGAAGCAAACAAAAGGCGCGCACAAUGGCGGAGAACAAACUAUGAAACCAAAAGACUAUAGCACAAAGGCAAUUAACUAAGAACACGAAACAAAAACACUUACUGUGGCAUGGGACUGUGAACAUGGCUUGAAGCAUGAUAUGAGAGGAUAAUGACACCAGGAGGAACAACAGAAACAGACAGGCUUAAAUAGUAGUGACAUGAUUAGUGACAGGUGUGCGAAUGCAAAGCGUGAGACAGGUGCGUGACAAGGACAGGUGAAAACUAAUGGGUAGUCAUGGAAACAAAACAAUGGAGCGUAAACAGAAACUAAAGAGUCCAAUAACUAAACAAAACAAAACAUGACCAAAACAAAACAUGAUCACACAGACAUGACACAUAAAUCACAAUACAAAAACAUGAACUGCCAAAAGGGGGAGGACUUUAAGGAGUGAUUUGAGGAACGCCUCAGUUAUUUAAAUCAUAAGUUUGGCCCCCAGUGUUCUAUGUUGGCUCGUAAGGUUAAAAUGUCAAUGCAGGGAUCUGCCAAUGUGUUUGCAGUGGUCCAAGUUCCUCUAUUUAACAGCAACACUAAUGUUUUUAGGAAUUAUCUGUAAAAAUGUUCAUCUCCCAAAUUUUGAACUGAACUCAGGGGCCGGUGUGGUGUCAUUUCCGAACUGGAUUUGGCCCCCGGGCCGUCAGUUGGAUAGCAGCUUUAUGACGGUAAGGAAAAGGAAUGAAUGUUAGCAUAAAAAACGAUUUAAUUGCCAAUAGUAUAGGAAUUAAUUC